AUGCUCAAAGUUUCGUCACGUUUUGGGAAGCCUUCCAAUAAGGAGCACAGCUACUACGGGGUGCCAAUCACACGUGGUGUCCAUGACAACCUCUACUGCUCAGCCAAUCCCUGCUUCAUCGCCGUGGUGACGGAGUGCGAAGGGGGCGGGGCCUUCCUGGUGCUGCCCCUCCACCACACGGGCCGGGUGGACCCUCAGCACCCGAGGAUACGUGUUAGACGACCAGUACACCAGCUCAUCGGGCGCCAAGUCCCGGUGAAGUGGUCGCCUCCCGAAGUCUUUAACUUCUGCAAAUACAGCAGCAAGUCCGACGUCUGGUCCUUCGCCGUUUUGAUGUGGGAGGUUUUCACCGAGGGUCGCAUGCCAUUCGAACAGAGUCAGAACCACGAGGUCGUUACCUUGGUAACCAAAGGUCACCGCCGCUACAGGCCGAAAAUGGCGACGCCCACAAUCUAUGACAUCAUGCAGCUCUGCUGGCACGAGAGACCGGAGGAGCGUCCAUCUUUCGCUCAGCUCUGCUUGAUGAUCUCCGACGCUCUGGAGGCUGAUGCCCCGCCCCCAAACUGAUCAACCGACCAAUCAGCUGCUCCCACCAUCCCUGGGGGCCAUGAUGGUCCCAAACUCCCACCAUUCACCUCACUGUUAUUGUUUAAUUUACUAACAAUAACACAGAGAAGACGUUGUAAUAGAUUGGUGCAGGAAUGAGUUCUAAAACCCUGUUUCCUGUUUCCUUGUCAACGGUUUUCUGAAUGUGUUUUUAUUCUGAAAUAAGGUCUGUGGUUAACACAAGCUGAAGAGAUUAGUAUUGUACGACAUUAACUACAAAAGUAAAUACCCCACUGGUGAAUUUAACGACAGCGGUUGCUAACAAUUGUCCAAAUGAGACGAUUAAACAUCAUCAAGCCCAACAUUAGCCGCCUAUAGCUUAGCGGUGGUGACGUGAAGUCAUGUGACCGUGCUGUAGUUCCUUUAUAGCGUUAGAUUUUUACUUCAGAAAUCAUAAAGUGGUGUUGACAUGUGGAGAAUAUCCUUCUGAACUAAACGUGUAAGUAUCAUAAACGUUUGUUUGACACAGAGAUUAUUUUCUACCAUAAUUCGAAAAUCCAAUGGAAAUUCCCAUUGAACCAUGAGAUGCUGCCUUCAGGGUCGGACUACAGAAAACGACAUUCUUGCACCACUCUACGGUGCUUACAUCGUCUAGAACUGACAAAUCAGAUGAAGCGGAUUGACCACUCACUCAUAAUCAUCCACCAAUCACGUUUGUCUAUCUAUUCAUGUAUAAUAAACUCACAAAUCAAUACUUAUAUUCUUUUUUAAUUUGCUUCGCUGCCGGCACGAAUAGAUUUGAUGCAAAAUAUUUGCAGGCGAGUAUUUUGCAUUAUUGCGUCAUCCUGUCUAUAAAGGUCUUUAAACUGAAGCUGUGUCCAUGAAAUAAAACACUGCUCAUGUUGAA